AUGACCAUCCAGGAAAACCGUAACACCCAAUUUCAAUCGCCCAGUUCAAGUUCCAACGAGUCAAACAAUUCUGCAGCUUCGAACAACAGUGGGGGUGUCGGAAAUGUACCGAUAGUUCACCCUCCACCAAGUGGUACAGCGGGGAGUUCUGUAGCAAGUGACACUCCUGGCCAAAUGGACAACGAGUUGACGGUGUCAGCUGAAGCAAACAACAACAACAACAAUAAUCACUAUCGAGGUGAGAAACCUCUUCAAAAUGGAUGCGAAGACAAGUGGAGUUGGAGCAAGCGGGAUCGAUCGAAGGAGGUGUGGCUUAGCGGAGCCAACAAUCGAACGGUGCACUUCCAUCCGAACUGGAGCAAAGGCACGGCCGGAAUCCGCGGAACCCGGGUGCUCAACAACGGACGAUACUACUGGGAGCUGAGUGUGUCACAGCGAGUUUUCGGAACGAGCAUGAUGUUCGGUAUUGGUACCAAGAAGGCCCGGUUGCACGUAAAUGCCUUCACGAAUCUGCUUGGCGAGGAUAGCAACGGUUGGGGCCUUUCGCACAAGGGCUUGCUAUGGCACGGUGGAACCGCGAGAAACUAUACGAAACGUUUUAAGGAAAACCAGGCUACAAAAAUUGGCAUCCUGUUCGACGGAGUCGCAGGCACGUUAACGUACUACAAAGAUGAUGUAUGUCUUGGAAUAGCUUUCCGAGGAUUAAAUGAGAUCCGCGAGCCCUUGUACCCAAUCGUGUGCUCGACGGCAGCAAAAACGGAAAUGGUUCUAACCGAGUCAAGGCGUGAUUUUGUAAACCUCCAAGAUCGCUGCCGAGCUAUCAUCAUUAAGCAGGUAAAAACUCGCGAUAAGCUAGAUCGACUGAACUUACCGUAUUGCAUCACCAACUAUCUGGCAGAAGCUUUGUCCGAUUGUAGUACUCCCGUCACUCCGUUAGAGCAGCAGCUUAUCGAUUACUAUCUGUUCUAG